AAACCUGUAUUUGUUAUUAUAUUUUGUAUACAUUUUAAUAAUAAUAACAAUAAAUAUGUGUUAAUAAUAGCAUCACUAAUAUGAUCGCCAAUCGAUUGACUGAUAGUCCAGUUGUGGCCAACAAUGAAGUAAACUUCUUGGAGAAAACGUUUGUCAAAUGUAUCGGUAAGAAGAACCAGAAGUGGUUGUGUCCGGUCUGUGGUUUCACAAACAUAUCCGCCUGUUCUGAAUGUGUUCACUGCCAUCAAAACAAAGGUCAACCAAACAGUCAAUUGAGACCUCAGUCUCAGCCAACGGUUCCAAUCGAUGACCUCAAGUGGAAGUGCCAUAACUGCCAGUUCUCUAAUCUUGUCAAUCGUUUCCAGUGUACAGUCUGUAGCCAUUUAAGACUCGACGACAAUCUGUUAACUAAUUUUCAAAACUAUUACAACAAUCAAACAAAUAAAUCAAUUAUCAAUUCAAACAUCUCAUCGAUUGUUUCGCCGACACAUUUGACUGUAAAUCGCUUUAAUAAGAGUUCAAAUGUCGACACAAAGUCACAGAAGUGGUCGUGUUUUAAGUGCCACUUCUUAAACAUUCCCUCUUCAGUCACUUGUAUUAUAUGCGAAAAUUAUCGCCAAUUCAUUCCACAGAUAAUCGACAAGAAAGUGAAUGCAUUGAUGCACCAGAAGAAUGCCAUCAAUUCUAGAGAAGCAAAAUUCAAGGAACGUCUUAAAAGGCACGGAUCAGAUGGUGGUUCAUCCACUGGAACCGAUCAAAGCGAUUGCUGCCAAACAAGUGUCGACGACAGUGUUCAUCAACAACAAGUAGUGGACAAUACACCGGCACGUGUCAAACGAAGUACUUCAUUCAAUGAAGUGUCGUUUGCAUUGAUUGGAAUACAAAAGAAUAAAUUUUUCAAACAACAGCAAAACCAAAGAUUACGAAAAGAAAAUUCUGCCGGAAGUUCGGGAACCGACUCCACUGAAUCACCGACACAUGCGAGCAGCAGCUCAGCCACAAUGACUGACCAGCAAAUCAUUGAUCUCACACAAGACGAUGACAUUUCCGACGAAACGGCAUUCUGGUUAUGUCUUCAGUGUUCAUAUGCAUACAAUAGACAUGAAUCGGCCAUUUGUGAUAUGUGUGACACUAGAAGUAACGACAAUUGCAAUACCAAUGCUUCCGACGCUCAACAAAGUGUUUUAAAUAAUAAUAAUAAUGACAAUAAUAAUGUUAAUUUGAUUGAUUGUGUAAAUAAUAAUAAAAUUAAUAGCAAUAGUCAGCAAUUAAUCUCAAAGAACAAAACAAUGUUAACAAAUGGUUGGACGUGUAUUAAGUGUACAUUAAUUAAUUCAUUUGAUGACAAUCAUUGUACGGCUUGUGGCGGAUCUAAACUCAACAGUACUACUGAUAAAAGUUUUGUAACACUUAAACCAAAUGAAAGUUGGGUUUGCAAUCGAUGUACUUUAAGAAAUUCAAUGGAUUCCACUAAUUGUUCCGUUUGUAACCACAAAAGACCUGAUCUCAGGAAUAGUUCGAUAGAGAUAAUUGAAGACAAAAGUGACGAUGAAAUCCAAAUAGUGAGCCGCAGACCGACAUCCUCUGCCCGUCGUGACCUAACCCGCAAUAAAUCUCAGUGGGAAUGCAGUGCCUGUACUUAUUUGAAUCCUAGUUCCCGAUACGGUUGCGAAAUAUGUCAACAAUCACGCAGUGUAUUGACAUUGAGACCCGAUUCGGCACAUUUGAACACUAAUUCUCAUUCAUCACAAUAUGAUUCAAAUACUAGUACUCUAUAUCACGGCGAGAGUGAGCUCAUGGAAACUUUGCGCCGAAUUGAAGAGAAUGAGGCCCGCAAUCGAUUGGAACAUAUCGUCCACUUUUGUCGCAAAAGUAAAAUAAAUUUUGUCGACGACUCAUUCCCACCACUGCCUAAAUCUCUUUAUUAUAAUACCGAUGACAUGACAGCAAAUAAUCAUCACGUGACUCAAUGGAUAAGACCUGUUGACAUCAGAAGUGAUGCCAAUCCAAAUGUCAAAUGGGCUGUAUUUCGGACACCGAUGCCGUCAGAUAUAUCUCAGGGAAUACUCGGCAACUGUUGGUUUUUAAGUGCAUUGGCUGUCCUCGCGGAACGACCUGAAUUAGUCAAGAGAGUUAUGGUUACCCGAGAGGUAUGUCCUGAGGGUGCAUAUCAAGUGAGACUAUGUAAAGACGGCAAAUGGACGACUGUGUUGGUCGAUGACUUACUUCCCUGUGAUUCACGAGGAUAUCUAGUCUACUCUCAGGCCAAACGAAAACAAUUGUGGGUUCCGUUAAUAGAGAAAGCGUUAGCAAAACUGCACGGAUGUUAUGAAGCACUAGUUUCUGGUCGCGCUAUUGAAGGCCUGUCAACACUUACCGGUGCUCCGUGUGAGUCAAUUCCACUUCAAUCAGCCAAUCCAUUAUCGAAUGAUGAUGGCAUUGAUGAAGACUUGAUAUGGGCUCAACUUUUAAGCUCAAGGACAGCCCGCUUUUUAAUGGGCGCCUCUUGUGGCGGCGGAAAUAUGCAGGUCAAUGAUAGCGAAUAUCAUGCAGUUGGUCUCCGUCCUCGACACGCAUACUCCGUACUGGAUGUCCAGGACAUUGAUGGGCUACGAUUGGUUAGAUUGCGCAACCCGUGGGGCCAUUACUCAUGGAAAGGUGACUGGUCAGACUCGUCACCAUUGUGGACACCAGAACUUAGGGAACAGCUAAUACCUCACGGCGCCAGUGAAGGUGUCUUCUGGAUGUCAUUCAAUGAUGUACUUAAAUAUUUUGACUGUAUUGACAUUUGCAAAGUCAGGUCCGAUUGGAAUGAGAUUAGACUUCAGGGUGUUCUGCCCUCCAAUGCCUGUGAUGUAGAAAACUUGGCAAUUGUCGAGUUCACUGUAGUCGAGCCCACGGAACUGGAGUUCAGUUUGUUUCAAGAAGGACAGAGAAGUGCUGAACGAUCACAACGAAGUCAACUUGAUUUAUGUGUUGUCAUCUUUAAAAGUGCUAAUCCAUCGACCGGAGACGUCGGCAAACUUAUUAAGCAUAGUAAACGACAGGUCAGGGGUUUUGUCGGCUGUCAUGUUAUGUUUGAACCGGGAGUUUAUGUUAUAAUUUGUUUGGCAUUCAAUCAUUGGCAGACAAGUAUAGAAAGUGUUGAACAAUAUCCAAGAUUUUUGUUGGCAAUGCAUAGCUCUAAACGCUUGUUGGUUGAAACAGUGUCACCGCAAGUAUUUUUAUUAGCCGAUGCUAUCAUAAAUUUGACACUUUCUAAAGGACAACGACAUGAGGGCAGGGAAGGUAUGACAGCUUACUAUCUGACCAAAGGUUGGGCCGGUUUAGUCGUAGUUGUUGAGAAUCGAUUCCCCGAUCGCUGUAUUCAAGUGAUAUGCGACUGUUCCGAUAGUAUUAAUGUUGUUUCAACCAGAGGUAUAUUGAAGACUGUCGAUAGUAUUCCACCGCUUCAUCGACAAGUGAUAAUAGUAUUAACACAAUUGGAGGGCAGCGGAGGCUUCUCUAUAUCACAUCGACUCACACAUCGUGUCUCAUACACCAGUGGUCUUCAUGAUUGGGGACCCGUUGGCACCAAUCACGUGCCCAGUAUUGACCAGAAAGUGUUUGGUCUACACUCUCCCCGUCCCUUAUAAUCAGUAAACUCUACUUAUAGUUUAAUAUAUUGUAUAUUAUUAUUAC